CGGGGCCCUCCCGAGAGAAGGAGCUAGCGGGCCAGGGCUGAGGAGGCUGAUUGCGCUCCGCCCGGGUGAAAGGGCGGCUGCAGCACCGGGCGGGGCCGAGUUCCAGGACUGCAGGCCGGGCUGCCGUGGGGCCUGGGAGCCGCUGCGGAGCCGCGCGCUGCUCAGCCGAGGCGGGGCUGGAGCGCUGAGCUGCCGGCCCCAGCGGCUGCGGUACUAGCUCGCGGCGACCUAGCACCGCUGUCUCCAGCAUGACGGAACUAAGGCAGAGGGUGGUCCACGACCCGGACGCACCGCCCGAGGACAAGGAGUUGGAGUCAGAAGCAAAGGUAGAUGGAGAGACUGCAUCCGACAGUGAGAGCCGAGUGGAAGCUGUCACCCAACCAACUUCUGCAGAUGACACCCCAGAGGUCCUCAACCGGGCCCUUUCCAACUUGUCUUCAAGAUGGAAGAACUGGUGGGUGAGAGGCAUCCUGACUUUGGCCAUGAUUGCAUUUUUCUUCAUCAUCAUUUACCUGGGACCAAUGGUUUUAAUGAUGAUUGUGAUGUGUGUUCAGAUUAAGUGUUUCCAUGAGAUUAUCACCAUCGGCUACAAUGUCUACCACUCCUAUGACCUGCCCUGGUUCAGAACGCUCAGCUGGUACUUUCUACUGUGUGUAAAUUAUUUCUUCUAUGGUGAAACAGUGACAGAUUACUUCUUCACCCUAGUCCAGAGAGAGGAGCCUUUGCGGAUUCUCAGUAAAUACCACCGAUUCAUCUCCUUUACCCUUUAUCUAACAGGAUUCUGCAUGUUUGUGCUGAGUCUGGUCAAGAAGCAUUAUCGACUGCAAUUUUACAUGUUUGGCUGGACCCAUGUAACAUUACUGAUUGUUGUAACCCAGUCACAUCUCGUUAUCCACAACCUGUUUGAAGGCAUGAUCUGGUUCAUCGUCCCCAUCUCUUGUGUGAUCUGUAAUGACAUCAUGGCCUAUAUGUUUGGCUUCUUUUUUGGUCGGACCCCACUCAUCAAGCUGUCCCCGAAGAAGACCUGGGAAGGCUUCAUUGGGGGUUGCUUUGCUACUGUGGUCUUUGGCCUUCUGCUGUCCUACGUGAUGUCCGGGUACAGAUGCUUUGUCUGCCCCGUGGAGUACAACAAUGAUACCAACAGCUUCACCGUGGACUGUGAGCCCUCGGACCUGUUUCGCCUGCAGGAGUACAACAUUCCUGGGGUCAUCCAGUCGCUCAUUGGCUGGAAAACAGUCCGGAUGUACCCCUUCCAGAUUCACAGCAUUGCCCUCUCCACUUUUGCCUCACUCAUCGGGCCCUUUGGAGGGUUCUUCGCUAGUGGAUUCAAGCGAGCCUUUAAAAUCAAAGACUUUGCCAAUACCAUUCCUGGACACGGAGGCAUCAUGGAUCGCUUUGACUGCCAGUAUCUGAUGGCCACCUUUGUCAAUGUAUAUAUCGCCAGUUUUAUCAGGGGCCCGAACCCAAGCAAGCUGGUUCAGCAGUUCCUGACCUUGCGGCCCGAUCAGCAGCUCCACAUCUUCAACACACUCAGGUCUCACCUGAUGGACAAGGGGAUGCUGACAGCUGCCACGGAGGAUGAGUAGGGCCACCCAGGGCUGGGAGAGCAGGGACAGGACUGAGGGCAGGGCUCCAAAGCAGGUCCCACUGGUAUAACUCAGAUGAAGACAAGGCUUCAACUCACUGACUUUUUUUUUUAAAUAGUGUUUUUUAUUUGUGGAUUUAAAAAAAAAAUCUGUAUACAGUCUAUGUGCUUACAGUGUGGGUUGUGAGUAAACUACAACUUUGGGAUUGGAAAGAAGUCAUUGGGGUAAAACCAUUUGGGUUUUUUUAACCAGGAGUUUAUAGCAACCUGGAAGACAGUGUUGCCCAGCUCUGGUGAGCCUGCCUGGUGCUCCAGCUCCCAAGUUGAAGUUUCCAUUUCUGGGCUUGAUCAGAGUGGAGGUUUGUCCAGUUUGGCCCCCUGCUCCCUCUUGCCCCCCAGCUGUCUUCAUAGCUGAGCCCCAGCAGGGAAGAGGUGCACGGCUUGGAUGUCUUUAUUACCGGAAGCGCUUUCCCUGGGCUUCUGGAUAAUCCCCCCCCCCUCCCCGCCCCUCCUGGAGCUUCAGGAGGUUUGCCUUCUGUAGGCUAGAGGAGUGAAAGCUUAUUAAUCAGAUGAGUUCUGUCCAUGAAAUCCUGUGGUGUGUGAGCGCUGCUUUAUGACAUGGGUUCACCUUAAUUCAUCACGGACUGAAAGAAGGUUUCAAUUUUUAUUUUUUUCAGAAAGCAUGAAAAAUAGUAAUAGUCUGGGGAGAAAGCCACACUGUACUAUUGCAAGUAUAUGCAGUAGAAUGUACUGUACCUGGGCCCUUUCCCACAGGUUUUCGGUUCAGAUGGCUCCUGGAGGGCAGUCUGGCUAACUGGGUCUUUUCAGGGAUGAUGCUGUUCACAUUUGUGCUGUAGACUCGUUGCUGCCAAAUCCUUUCUGGGGGCCUCCCCGUUAGGCAGGGAACAGGGGGCUCCUCGUUCACUCACCCACACCCUUGGCCUGGCUUGACCAUCCAUGUAGCUGCUGUGUUGUAUUUAUAUGACUCUUGAGGCAAGUGUGGAUCUGUGUGUGUGUGUGUUUUAAAAAUCACUUAUUUCUUAGUGAUUUCAAUUGUACCAUGACUUCCUCACUGAAGCCACAAAGCCCUGCUUACGACUCUGGGUCUCCCAACCGGAUGAGAGGUUUUGAAUCUUCUGAGGAGCUGAUGUAUACUUGUUAUGUAAUGUGAUCAGUUUCAAUGUCAUUUGUAUGUUACAGGGGGACCUUCUUUCUUUUAAACUGUGAUUUAUUUAUUUUUUUUCCUUUGAGUUAGAGAAGCGAGGUGGAAUGUUGGAGUAUCUGUUCUUUGUCAGGACAAUGAGCCAGAGAGUAGAGGAGGGCAUGCUUCGUGCCCAAACAUGUUCCCUUAUUCUGUGUCACGGUGGUCCUCGUUGCCAAAUGGCAGUGUCACAGCUUCCUCCACAGCACUGUGGUCUGGUGCUGCUCUGCUUUGUUGGCCAGCCCCACUGCCUCCUUGGAAGCACACAGUCGGCCCAGAUCCCUAGAGUGUACAGCACAGCCAGACCCCUCUUGACUGUCAGCUCACAGUUGUGACCUUCCAUGUGUGGCUGCUUCUUUCUUCUGCACUUUUAUUUCUAUUGUAGUUCAUGGCGUCUCUUUUCCAGCCCAAAGCCCCCUUGUGUGUUUUUACUUGGGGUUUGACCCUGGUUGUGUGACUGGGCAGGACGUGUCACCCCGUGGGUUCUCUUUUCUGAGCUGUCUUCUAAUCCCAGUGUUCUGUGGUUCUGGCUGAGUGAGCACAUGUACCAGAGGCUGCUGUGGGUGUUGGGCUGUGUCCCUGGCGUUGAAAAAUCAAGUGCUUUCAGGCCUUUUCUAAAUGCUUGUCCUCGGCAAUCAGUCAUAAACCGUGCAGAUGAUUAGUAACAAAUCUAGUUUUCUGAUUGAAGAAUGAACCUGGUUCCUCAAGUCAGAGAUAGAAUGGCACCUCUCCUGUUGCCCCACUCUGGGCAGAUGAGGGGGUCCUGGGGAGCAAGUUGUCUCGGCUGGGACGUAGCAGCAGAGAGUCACCUUGAAUAGUCUGCCUGGGGGUUCAGGGAGCCUGGCACAUUCCAGUGGACAUGGCGGCUGAGGGGGGCAGUGGAGCUACCUGCAAGAAGGCCAGAGGGUCAGCUGGGGUUUUGUUUUCUUCUGACUUCCUCACAUGCUUGCUGGUGAAGUAAGGGGGAUUUCAUAGUGGAGAAGCCAGGAGACGGAUGCUCCUUGUGUCUUUGCCACACAUUGUUUUUCUUACUCCCAUUUAUUGAAAAUCUUGCACGGUACAGACAAGAUUCCAGAGACUGUUGUAACACACACCUGUGCAAGUCUUGAGUGGCAUAACAAUUUGCUUCGAAUCUUUUUUUUUUUGGCCAGAAAUAAAAUAUGACAAGUUGUGUGUCCUCCCUUUCUGUGGAUUCAGUGCCUCACUUCCAUGCAUGGUUCUAUGUUUCCCACUUUUUUUGGUAAUCAUAUGUAUUGUGCAGUCCUGAUUUAGAGGUUUUGUUUUCUUUGCCAAUUUAAAUCCUAUACAUUUUCAUGGCAGCCUUCUGAGGUCCUUGGGGUGAGAGGCACCUUACAGGUGAGGAAGCCAAGGGCCAGAGGGGACAGCAUCUCCCCCCCCACCCCAGGUCACCAGGUAGAGUCCAGACUUUCCCCAUCUCAGGCUCUCUGCCAGCUGGGACGAGGCCACAUCACCAUGGCCCUGUCACCUUUGGGAAAGCGCAGCCUCCUUCCAGCAAGCUUAGGAGGCCUGACAUGCGUGCCAGGUUUGGAGCUUAAGUUGCUGUUGGCUCCUGCUCGGUGACAUAAGCAGCUGAUGAACAAGGGUGUCACAGAACCAGGGAGCAUCUGCAGGGGCUGGGCCUGGGUGCCCCCCCUGCUGAGGUCUUGCUUGUAGAACACACGAGCCUUUUCCCUUUGCAGCCACAUGCUACACUCAUAACUACUCUCAGCAUCAAAAAAAAUACAUGUUUAUGUUUUGCUCCUGAAAGUGAAACCCUGGAAGGCAGCCUGAGUCUUAUUAUGUUUAUUACAUUCUGCCUGUUUCAUACUCUGAGCAUUUUAGGAGCUGUAGUUGAACUGUAUUUAAGGUGUAUUUCCAGUUAGUGGUGUACAAUUCUAUAAUGUAUGUUUGAAACUAGUGUCUCUUUCAGAAGGGGCAGAAUUUAACUUUUAACCUUCCGCAGGUGGACUUGGAAACCAUUUUAUGGUAUUUAUUUUUCCCCAUUGGACUUUUUAUCCUGUAACUUAUAUUAUGCAAGAUGAUUUCAAAAAUAUAUUUUAAGGGAGACUGAA